GGUUUUAUUAUUAUAGUUCAUACGAACAAAAGUACCUACUUCUAUUUAUCUGUUAGACACUUAUCAAAAAGUGAUAACAAGAAAAUACCAAUGGUGACUAAGUGAUAAGAGAUAACAACUCGCUGUUUAUCAUCAAGCACAUAAGCAAUAUUAUGUAGUCAAGAGUUCACAAAUUCACCUCUGUUCAAAAUGGAUUCAAAUCCAAGAGAUGUGACAAUAAAUAGUGGUAAUCAUAGUGUGCCAAGCUAUGCUUCUCCUGCAGAAAUAAUUAUUGAUUCAGAAACAGUUAACUACAGCCGGGAACCCCCUCCACCUUACACAGUAACCAAUGAACCUACUGCAAACCAGCAGCUACCUGUGGUGCAACAGACUAUUAUAGUGCAAGCGCCACUCAAAGACAGGCCAGUGCUUUACAAUUGUGGAAUCUGUAAAGAAAACUCUUUGACAAAAGUGGAAUAUGUAAACACACAGAAGACACACAUGUUUGCUGGCUUUAUUUGCGGUUGCACUCUGUGGUGUAUGAUGUGUUGUUUGGGGGCAAUACCUUACUUACUACCAACAUUCAAGAGAACCAAACAUUACUGCCCCAAGUGCAACAAUUUUCUUGGAGACUACUCCAGAUUUUAAUUACACAACAAAAUUAAUAAUAAUUGUAAUAUUUUCUGUAUUGAACAAUAAAAAUUCAUUUACUUUA